AUGGCUCUUGCAACGGUAGCACAAUCGGAAACAACAAUCGAAUAUUUUUCAAGCGCUAUGAAAAGAUUGGGUCUGGAAAUCACUUUCAGUGGUUCAAACCAUUCUAGAUUCGCUAAACGACCAGGAAUUGGAGUUAAAGGUAGAAAGAUUAAUUUAAUAGCAAACUACUUUCCUAUAGAUAUACCAGAAGGAGAGAUAUACCAUUAUGACGUGGAUAUUCAAAAGCUUAUACCUGUACGUGAUGAGGGUGAAAAACUGCCCAAACAUAAAAAGUAUAAAUGCCUGAAUACAAAACAAAACAGAAAUAUUGUAGAAGCAAUGAUUAAGCAGGUGCCAAUGUUUAAGAAUAUUCGGCCGGCAUUUGACGGAGAAAAAAAUUUAUAUACACGUAACUUGUUACCAGUUAAAGACCAAAAAUUAAUGACUGUGAAAGUUGCAGACGAAUUUAAUCCUGAUAAAGAGAUCAAUUACGAAAUAAAAAUACAACCUGUGAAUAGAAAAGAUACGAUGAGAAGAUCAGCAAAUAAUUCAAUUAAUUUAGAACCAUUACAUCAGUUGUUAGCUGGUAGAUGCAGUAAUAUAACGGAGGGUAUCAUUUUGGGAAUCAUGGCCAUUGAAACCGUACUAAGACACGGUCCUGCCUUACGAUUGGUGCCAGUUGGAAGAUCAUUCUUCACCAAACCACGUAUGGAGGAAGUUCCUCCGUUGAGUGAAGGAAGGGAAAUUUGGUUCGGUCAUCAUCAAAGUAUGCAGCUGACAAAAUGGAAGCCUAUGCUUAACAUAGAUAAAUCAGCUACGACAUUUUAUAAAGGUUGUUCCGUUAUCGAGUUUAUGUUCGAAGUAUUAAAUCUGGGUACUGAGAAUAUUGAAUCGUCUUUAAGACAGUUCACAGGUCUGACCGAUGCGCAGAGGCGGACAGUAGCCAAAAAAUUAAAGAAUUUAAAAGUUAAAGUAACGCAUUUACCUUAUCCUCGAAAGUACAGAGUUCGAGAUAUAACAAGAGAAAGCGCAAAUAAUAUAUUUUUUACGAGAAGAAUUAAUGACAAAGAAGUUAAGUGUUCCGUAUCCGAAUACUUUCGUACUGAAUAUAAAGCAUUGAAAAAUCCAAACUUACCUUGUUUAAAUGUGGGAAGUAAUAACAGAGCUGUUUAUUUACCAAUGGAAGUAUGCGAUAUCGUUGAAGGUCAACACUGCACAAAGAAGUUAAAUGAAAAAGAAACUGCUAAUAUGAUUCGCUACACGGCUCGUUUUCCUGCCGAGAGAUUCAAUGAUAUAAGACAAUCAGUUAAUGCUUUGAUGCUAGAUUUCGAGCCAUUCGCAAAAGAAUUUGGCGUUCGUGUAAGUCCCAACCCCUUGAAGUUUACGGGAAGAAUGUUGGAUCCUCCCCAAAUAACUUAUCAACAACAGCAGAACAUCAGACCUGUCAACGGUAGCUGGGAUAUGAAAGGAAAGAGAUUUCAUACAGGAGUAACAAUUGACAAAUGGGUUUUGCUGAGUUUCUCAAUGGCUCGAUUCUGCGACGAGAAUGCUCUAGACAACUUUGUGAAAAUGCUAUGUAAUGGUGGAAGAAAUGUAGGGGUGCAAUUUGCCCAACCGCUCCUUAUUAAGCGCUUCACACGUCACGAUGGAAGACCUUCAGAUAUCCUUAGACAAGCGAAAAAUAGUUAUCCAAAUUUGCAAUUAGCCAUAAUUGUGCUGCCACCAGAAAGCAUAUAUUCGGAAAUUAAAACAGUUGCAGAAACAGAACUGGGACUUAUGACCCAAUGUAUAAAAGAUAUAAAUGCCACGGGAAGAAAAUGCAACCCACAAGUAAUUUGUAAUUUAUGUCAAAAAAUUAAUGCCAAAAUGGGUGGAGUUAACAAUUCUCUGUCGCUAGCAGACAAGCCUGCAAUUUUGAAGAGACCUGUGAUUAUUGUAGGCAUCGAUUGUACUCAUCCAGCUCCUGGUGACAAAAUAGGAUAUUCGAUAGCAGCAGUGGUGGGAAGCCUNCUCGUUUACAACAAUAAAAUAUUGGGUGGCAGAGUUUAA